AUGGAGUCCACCACACCGCCAACUCCUAUCUCGCAACGCUUCACCUUGGAGCUCGAGUUUGUCCUGUGCCUUGCGAAUCCUCAUUAUCUCCAAUAUUUGGCCGUAAAUUAUCCCCAUCUACUCAACAAACCGACGACAUCUCAAGGAGCUGCCGAUGAUGAAGACUCUGAUGCUUCGCGAUUUGCAAGAUACCUCAAAUAUCUUUACGAAUAUUGGCGGACUCCGGACUACGUCAAAUACCUGACGCAUCCGGGCGCGACUCUUCGAAACCUCGAACUACUACAGCAGGAACAAUUCCGAAGAGAUAUUAUUAGACCCGACGUCAUUGCCAGACUGCUCGAAACGAAUCCUGCUCAGGAUGGUCCUGGACAUGUUAACGGGCCAGAGAAUUCACCUGUCCAACCAGCCUCCUAG